CGAAUGCUGAAGAAAUAGAACAGACUAGUAGUUCCUUCUGUCAAAUCGGCUCCACUAAGACAUUCUAGUUUGCGCCUUGACUUGAUCUAUCGUUGACCUUAGCUUCACCAAAGUGGACCGACCACUCGCUCACCAUCAAUCCCAUGCAUCCACAUCAUCUUCCUCACUCCCUCACGUAACCCGUCGAUCGUAUACUUCAACAAGCUCUGCUUCACCAAGCCACUUCCAUGAAUCCUUGAUCGCACACACGUCACAACAGUAGUCCCGGUCAUGUCUCUCUCCAUGCUCUCGCUCCUCCUCCUCCUCCUCCUCCUCCCCUUCUCGUUCCUUGUUUCCCUCUCUACGUCGUCCUUCGACUCCUUCAUCUACGUCCGCUGCUCUCAGUACAAGUACUCCCCUGGCUCGCCUUUCGAGACUGGCGUCGACUCCGUCCUCACCUCCCUUGUCAGCUCCUCCGCCUCCUCCUCCUACAACAACUUCACCAUCCCGGGCUCCACCCCCUCCGACACAGUCUACGGCCUCUACCAGUGCCGCGGGGACCUCACCGUGGCUGACUGCUCCUCCUGCGUGUCCCAUGCGGUAAGCCAGCUUGGGACCACCUGUGCCGGCUCCUCCGGCAGCACGUUCCAGCUCGAGGGCUGCCUCGUGCGGUACGACAACACGACGUUCCUGGGUGCGCAGGACAAGACCGUGAUGCUCAGGAGAUGCGGGCCUCUUACUGGGGAUGCCAAUUCUGAUGAGCUGACAAGGCGCGACGCCGUGCUUGGGUAUGUAGGAGCCGGGGACGGGACCUACAAGCCAUACAGGACCGGUAGCUCGGGAAGCGUCCAGGCAGUUGCGCAGUGUGUGCAGGACCUGAGCAACGGCGACUGCCAGGACUGCUUGGCGGAGGCAAUUGGACAGCUGAAGAGCGACUGCGGUGCCGCAAAGUGGGGCGACAUGUACUUGGCCAAGUGCUACGUACAGUACUCGGACGGCAAUCACACCAGCGGCGGACAAGGAACGACGGAUGAAGAGGUCGAGAAGACUGUGGUCAUCUUGAUCGGUCUCGUCGCUGGGGUUGCGGUCGUGAUUAUCCUCCUCGCUUUAACAGCAACCAUGUGCGAAAGAGCAAGAGGCGGCAAAGAGAGAUGGUCAAAAGAUUGCUGCUUUUCAUAUUCUAUACACGUUGUUGGUUUGCAGCUUUUCAUAAAAGCACCGAUUAUAAUUCAUGUCUACCCUUUAUUUUGAGGUAGCCAAACGUUCGAUUCUAAGUGGGUUUCAUUGUUUGCACUUUCACGAAUUCAAAUUCAGAAGAGGUUAUGUCCCCGAGAAGUACACUCCAUUUGAAUUCACGACGCAUGG